GAUUCCUCCCGCCUUCGUUCCCUCCCUCCCCGGCGUUCGGGCCGCGCUCCUUGCUCUCGAGCUGCGGUGCCCGGCCGGCGGCCGCCGCCAGAGGAGGAGGUGGAGGGCGCCGGAGGUGCGGGCGGCGGCGGCGGCUGAGGAGGAGGCGCAGGAGGCCGCGGAGGCGGCGGCGGCGGUAAGAUGGCGGACUUCCUGCCGUCCCGCUCCGUGCUGUCCGUGUGCUUCCCGGGCUGCCUGCUGACCAGCAGCGAGGCCGAGCAGCAGCGCAAGUCGAAGGAGAUCGACAAAUGCCUGUCGCGGGAGAAGACGUACGUGAAGCGGCUGGUGAAGAUCCUGCUGCUGGGCGCAGGCGAAAGCGGCAAGUCCACCUUCCUCAAGCAGAUGAGGAUCAUCCACGGGCAGGACUUCGACCAGCGGGCCCGGGAGGAGUUCCGCGCCACCAUCUACAGCAACGUGAUCAAAGGUGUGAGGGUCCUUGUAGAUGCCCGAGAGAAGCUUCAUAUUCCUUGGGGAGAUAAUUCAAAUCAAGUCAAUGGAGACAAAAUGAUGGCUUUUGACACUCGAUCAGCUAUGGCAGCACAGGGAAUGGUGGAAACACGGGUUUUUUUGCAAUACCUUCCUGCAAUAAGAGCAUUAUGGGCAGAUAGUGGUAUCCAGCAUGCCUAUGACCGACGUCGAGAAUUUCAACUGGGUGAAUCUGUAAAGUAUUUCCUGGACAACUUGGAUAAACUUGGAGAACCUGAUUACAUUCCAUCACAGCAAGAUAUUCUGCUUGCACGACGACCCACUAAAGGCAUUCAUGAGUACGACUUUGAAAUUAAAAAUGUUCCUUUCAAAAUGGUUGAUGUGGGUGGUCAGAGAUCAGAAAGGAAACGUUGGUUUGAAUGCUUCGACAGUGUAACAUCAAUACUUUUCCUUGUCUCUUCAAGUGAAUUUGACCAGGUGCUUAUGGAAGAUCGACUGACAAAUCGCCUUACGGAAUCUCUGAACAUUUUUGAAACAAUAGUCAACAACCGAGUUUUCAGCAAUGUCUCCAUAAUUCUUUUCUUAAAUAAGACAGACUUGCUUGAGGAAAAAGUGCAAAUUGUGAGCAUCAAAGACUAUUUCCUAGAAUUUGAAGGGGAUCCCCACUGCUUAACAGACGUCCAAACUUUCCUGGUGGAAUGUUUCCGUAACAAACGCCGGGAUCAGCAGCAGAAGCCUUUAUAUCACCAUUUCACCACUGCUAUUAACACAGAAAAUAUUCGACUUGUUUUUCGUGAUGUGAAGGAUACUAUCCUUCAUGACAACCUCAAACAGCUUAUGCUACAGUGAUGUGCAAAAGACUUUAUUUUAAUACCUUUUCGUGUUUGUUUGUUUGUUUUCUGGGAUAUUUUGUUGUUGUUGUCUGUUUUUAUAAAUAGCAGUUUACAACAGGACUACAAAACCUUAAUCCUGUGUUAAAUGAAAACCGUAGUCUGUCUUCUGUGGACUUUGGUUUGUGGCUGAAAGCUGCUGAAUACCACAUUAUUGCCAACUUCUGCUCAGAUUCAGGCUUUGAAUCUUUUCCACUAUAGCUUCAAGUUAAAUCAAAUUGUAAUUCUGUAGCAGACCUCAGUUAAAUUUACUUCAGGCUUCAGUCUCUUCCCACUUUCCCAGUCUGAGUUGUAUUUCUGUAGCAGCUGUUAACUUGUAGGUAUGUGGUUAAGAUUAUUCAGUUCUUAAAAACAAAUGAGGUGUCUUUUGCCUUACACUCAGUAGUAUCUUAUCUAGCUUGCAGUGACUGCAAGGGCUGUUGGAAAAGAUUUGAUCCAAGGGAUGGCAUUCCAUGGGCUUAUCACAGAUUUGGCCUUACUGUUUUUUUUUUUAAUUGAUAUGCAACUAUUGGUUGUACAUUUUAAAAAAUUUGUGCUUUUUGAAAGUAAUGUUCUUAAUAUUUUAAAGUUUACAUAAGCAUUUCUGAUUUGAUGCUAAUCAAAGAGUAUUCACAGAUGGUACAAGGAAAGUCAAUAAGUAAACGGACCCCAAGUAGUAUUUUGAUGAAAAAUAAAUCAUGAAAUGUAACUUAACUCUUUUUUGUUCCUCUUUAAUGAUGAUAUAUUAGUAAUGUACCAUGUGCUGAAUAUUCUGGCAAUAGUAGUAAAUCAAAGCUGCUUGCAACUUAAGUGAUAUGACUUAAAAUAAAGCCUUUUCAGAAUUCUUUUAUUUGUUUAACUCUCAGACUUUUAAAUCCUAUCUCAGAUGAUUUUGGUGAUUACUAUUUAAAAAAGAUACAAUUGCAACAUCACAGAUACUGUUCUUUUGCUAUUUUGAUCAUUUCAGUAACUUCGGUCUUUUGUGCAUUUUUGUGUUUGAAACUUACCAUGGACAGUCAUUUCCCCUUCAAAUUCAGCAAAACAUUAGAUGGGGUUAUCAUUAUUAAUUUUUGGUGUAUCUGUCCCAAAAAUACAACACAUAUUGGUUGUAUAAUUUCUGUUUUUGAAAUACCAUUAUUUUUAGUACACUUUAAGUGUUAAACCAUAUGCUUUUAAGAAGUCAUAAUUUUUAUAACUCAGACACCUAUAGGUGAUUAAAUUAAAUUUGACUCCCCACUGCUUCCUUUUAAAAUCAUUAUUUUUGAAAUGUACUCAUACUAAUAGCUUCAUAAUUACAAAUGCACUCAUUAUUAAGAUGAUCAGAAUGGUUGUGGUUGCAAUAACAAAUACUGUAUUUUAGGUUACAUGUAGUCUUAGAACUUGGAUUUUAGAAAAACAUGCACGAUACUUUUUUUUUUAAUCAAACCUUUUCUCCUUUUUUAAAAUUGUGAUUAAGACUGUGACAUAGAUCACUUGACUGUAGCUGACUCUUCUCAGGUAUUUUAUUGAUUAGAAAUUCCUUGAAUGUGUGGUCAAAACUAUGUAUCAUCAAGUCUUUCAGGGGCUGAGUUCACUAAACUGUCUGGCUUAAGUUUAAAACUUCACAGUGAGCUAUCUAAACAGGGAUUUUUCUUGACAUUCUUGUUAAAGUAGAUUUCCUUUGACUUCAUGUCCCAUUCCCAUCAUUCUAGAAUUAUUACCUUUCAGUAUUUCAGUAUGGUAAUGCAUGAGCAUUCAAACAUGUACUCAUAGAUACCUCUGAGGUCCCUUCUAGCUCUAGAUCUAUGCUCUUACGUAAUAAUGCAACUGUAUAGCAGAAUUCCAUGCAUGUCUAAAGUUUUUCCACAUCUAGUGAUUCUUGCCAAAAUGAACUUUGAAAACUGUUUUAAAAUCCGCAGGGUUAGAAUUAUUUCACUAGUGAAUAUCAGUAAAUAUGUUCACAUUAGGCUUUUCAACAAAAAAUUGCUAUAUCUAACUUUUAUCAAAUGGUCAAUUAACUUUAGUGAAGACUAACAUGUUUUUAUAUGUAAAGAAAAAUGGUUAGUCUUUCUAAAUCAUAUUUAAAAUGUGUUAUUGGAGCCAUAAAUAUUCACCAAAAAGAUGAGAUUACUAAAAUUUACCUAUUUAAAUAGCAAUCUGCAUUUUUUCGGACUGCCAUCAAAAGCUGUUAGUAAUACCUACCGUAGAAUAAUCUUGGUAUUGAAGUGUUUAUUUCUGCAAAUUAAAACGUGUGAUUUAUUUUUUUUAGUGACAACAUUAUUUUAACAUUUGGUAAUAGUUUAAAUGGACCUAUAAGUUCAACCUUUAGAUUACAUUUUAUAAAUCUUUUAAAACUAAAAGAAGUAGUGUUAAUAUUUGGAGCACUGAACUUACCUUCGAAAUACCACUAUAUAGGGAAGACAAUGGUAAAACGUAGGGGACAGGAUAAAUGGGGUUGCUUGUAGGUUUAUUUUUUUUAAAUAUGCCAAAAUAAAUGUUUUUGGCCCAGUCAUUUUAAAAAAUAAAUUUAAAUGUAUUGUGCCUUAGAACAUUUGGUUUUGAAAGCCUUUCUCAUUGUGUUCUUUGUAAACAAAUGCCUAGUUACAUUAUAUAAUGUUUACUGACUCAGUGGUUGGAAACCUGAAUGCUUUUUGAUUUAAGUCUCAAGAAAUGUCACUAAAGUGUUUUAAUGGCUUGGGAGAAAUACAUUCCACACAAUGUUGCUAUUUAAGUCUAAUAAUAUAAAAAAAUUGGGCCUCAGUUUUACUAUGUAUUUUUUUCUUUAAGUUUUCUGAAGACAUAAAUCCAAGGUGUUUUGCUUGUGCCAAUCAAAGUACUGUUACAAUUUUAUGAUGCCAUUUGAUUUAUCAUGUUCAGAAUUAAGCCAGACCUUUACGUUUUUUAUGCGUUUGAUUCUUUUGUGGAAAUGACACCUGUUUUGCUCCCUGGAAAAUACUUUGAACCAAAGAAUGAAAAAAGAGGAAAGGAAAUUUAGGGGGAAUGGAAGGUUUUGUUUAUUUUUUUUUUAAAGUUUAAUUGAUUUAACUUUAUAUAACAGUUUUCUAUUGUUUGAUCUCUACAGUGGAUUUUUUAAACAAACUUUUUCAGUUAGAUUGGGCAAGCAUUUUGAAAUAGACAUUUAAAGUUAUAGUCUUAAAAAUCAGUAUUGGGAGUGAUUGGGCAUUAUACCAGUUUAGAUUCAUAUAAUUUUUAUAGGAUGAGUUGGGCAAACCAAAAUUUAUAAUGUAUGCUCAAAUUUUUUUUUGAAAAAAUAUUUUAGUAUUAACAUAUGUACCCAGUUUUUUUCUCAGUAUUUUUGUGGAAUAAACUUAUCAAAUUAUGUUCUUCAAAUAUGUUGAAAUUUAAGUCACCAUUUGGUAGAGUCCUCAAAUUGCCAUUUUAUAAAUAAGGUAAUACAUUUGGAUAGAGCUAGAAAUAAAGAAACUUAAAAUUUAAGCCAAGUUCCUUCCAUUGCAGAUUUUAUAGCAUGUGUUCUUUGAGUAUACAAGUGUAAGAAGAUUGAAUAUCAGUGUUAACUCUGAAUUUCUUGAGUCCAUGAAAUCAUACUUGUUUAGCCUAUACAAAAAGUGGUAAUAAACAGCCCCCCUGAAAUUUUUUUAAAGCCACAUUUGUUUUAAUUUUUUUUUAUAAUCUAAAAAAGAAACAGCAUCCAAUAUCUGUCUUGUUGAAAAUUAUUUUGUUGUUUUGCUUUAAAAAAAAUACUGGGUCAGCCUUGUUUUCUUUUCCCAUUAUUUCAAUAUAUGCAAUGUACCCUUGAAGUAGAUGUUUUAUGCUGCUUGAUUUUUUUAUAUUCCUAAAAAAGAAAUUUAUUACCCUGUAGCUGGAUAUACAAUUGGUUACAUGGUAUAUAGUAACCGUUAAGGGAGUAUAUUAUUAUUAAUGGUUUACAUCAAGGAACAGAUAAGUCCAUGGACUUAAACAGAAGUAAAUAUUUAAUAACAAGAUUUGUAGUAAAGAUCCAUUAUGUUAUGGUACGAUGUCAGGACUUAAUAAACUUAUAAAAGAGGUGGAAAUAUAGAAAAAAAGCUGAGGGCUUUGCUUAACAAUUUCAACUUUAACUAAAUGUAUUUUCCAAGUACCAUCAAGUAAAUAUUAAUCUUAGUGUUGUAAGUAAUAACAUCAUUUGAGGUACAUGUCGCAGACCACUAUCUUGCAGUCUCUUCACCUGUACUUGAAUGUAACAUUAUCAUUUUCAAGAGAGAUUUCACUUUUGUGAUGUUCAAGUUUAAUCAUUUGGUUCCAAAUGCCACUACUGUUCAUAUACCAAAAUUUAUUUCUUAUAAGCCUUACAGAUUCAAGCAGUGCUUUUUGAGGUUAUAAAAAAUUCUCGUAAUUUAACCUAUUCUGCCACUGAUUCUGUUGAUGAAAAUUUUCAGUCACUAAGUAUUAAGCGCCUACUAUGUGCCAAGCACUGUAUACUGAUAAGUCAAAGGAUGAGACCCAUGGUGAGAAUUUAAUCCAGUGAGGACAUGAUAAUGAAAUAGUUACACCUUGUAUGUGAGUUUUGUAUUUUACAUUGCAAGAUUGUUGCCUAGAUACUGCUUUAAAUCUGUGAAAAAAAAAUUUUGUCCUUAAAGCAAUGUUGUAAUGGGCGUGCACCACUCAGUAACUAUCCCUUUUUAAUGGUACCAGAAAAAAAUUUGGUUUAGUUCUUGGAAGAGUAUGCAACAUUGCUGCAAAUUGCUAUUUACCGUAUCUCUGCCUUUUACUUGAAAACAGGUAACUAAAUUGCAAAAUAUUUUAAAUGGCUUUUCUGUACUAUACAGUGGCGAGAGCUUAGUUACCAUAAGAAGCCUUAUCUAAAAAUAUAUUUUGUAACAACCAUAAUAGAUACUGUAUCAAAUAAAACAUGAUUUGUAUUAGCUCUGUAUAAAAGUAUUUGUGGCUUGGGACUUUUUAUACAUAUAACUUUUUUAACUUUCCAGGGACUACGUAUCAUCUGAUAUCAUUGUAAAUUUUGCCAUCUGUACUUUAGUUUGAUUGGCAAUAAAUUAUUUCUAGAAGAGGUCUAAAAGAGGGAAACAUAAUUUGAUUUUAUAAGGUGAUUGAAUUGCUAGUAUAGUAAAGCUUUUUACUUUUGUACAUACUUUGCAGACAUUUUGCUUUUUGCUAUUAAUAUUUGCAUUGUAAAAAUUACUGACAUUUAAUAAAUACAUUUACAAACCA